AUGGAGGCGCUUCGAUCUCAUCUUCCGUACUGGAGGCGCUCCCGACCUGGAAUCGAAGAGGUGCAGACCCGAAAAAUUGAGGAUUACAGACCCGGGUAUCCCCGUUACACUGCACUCUUGUCGUCGUACGACCCCUAUUUUCUGUGCCGAGACUUCAGCAAACUUCGAGCUCGAAUUCUAUUAUUGAAACAGGACCGGUUCUCUAUGCUGGAGCAGAAGCUAGAACGGGUAGAUCACGAAGAAAUUUCUCCUCUUUUUCUGGGAAAAAGUCGAUGUGAUGGGAAUCCGGAGCGGGUCUCUCUACUAUCGGAGAUCGAAACCCGUCUUGCAGAUUAUGACCAGUUCGCAGACAGAACGCAUCGGAUGCUGAGUUUUGGCUCCGCUCAGCAGAGGGAUGUUAAGGCCCUACAGAACCGGUUGGAUGGCAAUGGCUGUUUGGCUCGAGAGGAGAGGGCGUACCUCACGUAUGAUCGUGAGCUAGUGUCCCUAACUCCUAUGGGUGACAGCACGAUCGUGCGGCUAGAAGCUUGGGUAGAAGAUAAGUUCAUUCGAUGGUGGCGAGACUUCCGCAAGGCAAGAUUUAAGAGCCAAUGGAUUCAACAAACCGCCAGAGCGCUCCUCUUAUCGCUGAUAACAUUACUGCUGCUGAUGCCCGUCAUCAUCUGCAACAGCGUCACGAAGAAUUCACUUCGCAUCACUAUUGUCGUUAUUUCUACGAUAGCCUUUCUUCUUGUGGUCUUGUGGUUGACGAGAUCGAGAACAAUCGAGUUGAUUCUCGCAGGAGCGACAUAUGCUACGGUUCUCAUUGUAUUUGUCUCUGGUACUAGUGUAGUAUAGCAUCAACAUCGCACUACGACCAAGAACCCGGCGGGGUUGAACCCACCCGAUCGUAACAAUAUGAGGCCGUACGAGUGUGAAUAGAACUUCUCUCCUUAGUUUAUUCUUCUUGUAUAUAGGGAAACCAUUUGCUUGAGCAUAGCACUGCCGAC